UAAUAAUAUUUUGCACAUGUUAUUUAUAGCUCCAAUCGAUAAGAGGAAACAGAGAGUGAUGAAAAGUCAAAAAAUACACUUACCAGUUGAAAAGGAUGUCAAUAAGUUAAUAAAUUACUGUUGUGGAUCAAAUAUUUAUAAAGAAGGAGAAGACAUCAAACUGAAGCCGGAUUCUGAGUAUCCUGAAUGGCUGUGGAAUAUUAGGACAGAACCACCAAAAUUGUCAGAUCUAGAUCCAAAUACAAAACAAUAUUGGAGAUACAUUCGUAAAAGAGCACUUCUGAGGAAGAAUCAAAUGCUAAAAUUUAUAAGACCCAAAUAUCAUUAAUUCAACAUACAGAGAAAUUAUAUAUACUUUCAACAUUUGAAUGAAUUUCUUCAUAUUGCAGUAAUUUAGUAGCAAGGAAUACAUUAUGUCAAAAAUGAUCAUUUAUUAAGAAUGUACAUAAAUAAGUUA